AUGACGCGCAUACUCAGAAUUCUCAAGUCCGCGGACAACGCCAAGGCGGUGACUACGGCGGCGCCGCCGCCGGAGGCGGUCGCCCUUGAGUCCGAUUUCGUCGUGAUUCUGGCGGCUCUCCUGUGCGCUUUAAUCUGCGUGGUGGGACUCGUGGCAGUGGCGCGGUGCGCAUGGCUCCGGCGAGGGCCCGGCGGCGGGAACUCGCCGCGGCAGGCUUUGGCGAACAAGGGCCUGAAGAAGAAGGUGCUGCAGUCGCUGCCGAAGUUCGCUUACGUGGACAGCAACCCGAGCAAGUGGGUGGCGACGUCGGAAUGCGCGAUUUGUCUGGCGGAGUUCACCGCCGGCGAUGAGAUCCGCGUGCUGCCGCAGUGCGGCCACGGCUUCCACGUGCCCUGCAUCGACACCUGGCUAGGAUCCCACUCCUCCUGCCCUUCAUGCCGCCAGGUCCUCGCCGUCGCCAGGUGUCAGAAGUGCGGCCGCUUUCCGGCCACACCCGCCGGAGCCUCCAGAACCUCAGGAACCGAACCCGAAUUGAAGUCCGGAGAAGACAACAAUGCCGCUUCUAUCAGUAAUUGCAGCAAUAACAACAGUGAUGGCGGUGGAAGUGGAAAUCACGUGAAUCAUCAUCACGGCCACCAUGUGAACAAUGGGUUCUUGCCCUGA